GAUUUCGAUAAUUUUGUCUAUUGAAUCUUUCAAAAUUAAAAUCGUUGAAUUAUUAUGCAUAAGAUUAUUCAUGACAGAUUCAUUUAAUAAAUUGCUGCAAGUUGUUGGUCCAGGAAAUAAAUAAAAAGUAUAUGUUAUGCAGGUUGUUCUCUUAAACAGUAACACCUAGGAAGCUUUUCAGUCUUUUAACAAUGGCUCCUGCUUUUACAUCAGUCCAUUUUUGGCCGUUUUCGUGCCUGGUGGCUGUGAUUUCCAUGGCAAAGGCUCAAGAAACUGAAGAAUUCAUUUAUAACCAUGGCUUCCGUGAUGCGAAACUACAACUUGAUGGGAGUGCCAAAAUCCGAUCCAAUGGUCUAUUGCAGCUCACCAAUAAUUUAAAACUGCUGCAAGGCCAUGCUUUCUACCCAUCUCCUAUAAACUUCAAUGUUUCUUCGUCUUCAAGUUCAGCUGGAUCGCUUUCCUUCUCCACGAAUUUCGUAAUCGCCAUCGUUCCUGGAUCCAAAGAAUCUAGUGGCCAUGGACUUGCCUUUGUCAUAUCAGAAUCCACGGAUUUUAGCCAUGCUCAGGCAGUCCAAUUUCUGGGACUCGUUAAUGAGUCAAACAAUGGCAAUUCCUCCAACCAUUUCUUCGCUGUGGAGUUUGAUACCAUCUUCAGUAUUGACGUGGGCGACAUAGAUGACAAUCAUGUAGGAAUUGAUCUGAAUGGCGUGAAAUCAAACAAAUCCGUUAAAGCAGGAUAUUUUUCCAAUGAAGAAAGGAAGAAUAAGACUUUGGACCUCAAAAAUGGACAUCCAAUACAGGUUUGGAUAGACUACAAUGGUGAAGAAGAAAUGCUCAACGUAACCUUGGCACCAGAUAAAACCCCAAAACCAGACCAACCUCUCUUGUCGACAUCAAUCGAUCUCUCGGGUAUUCUAAAGGAUGUCAUGUAUGUUGGUUUCUCUGCUGCGACUGGUUCAAUUCAAAGCGCUAGUAGUAUCCAUUAUAUUCUAGGGUGGAGCUUCAAUAGAAGCGGAGAAGCACAAGGCCUGGACAUAUCCAAGCUUCCAAAGCUUCCCAAAAAUGGUGGACAAAGAAAUACAGUUCGAUUGAUUUCGAUCAUUGCAGCUGUUGCUUUGCUGUUAAUAAUCAUUGGAGCAGCAUAUGUUUACAGGAUGAAGAAAUACGAGGAAGUACAUGAAGACUGGGAAAAGGAAUAUGGACCUCAAAGGUUCUCUUACAAGACACUGUACAAAGCGACCAAAGGUUUCAAAGACAAGCAACUUCUUGGAUCGGGAGGUUUCGGGAAAGUUUAUAAAGGUACACUCCCUUAUUCCAAUGAACAAAUUGCAGUAAAGAAAGUAUCCCAUGAAACAAAUCAGGGGAUGAAGGAGUUUGUUUCAGAGAUUGUUAGCAUGGGAAGGCUAAGGCAUAAGAACUUGGUGCGGCUUCUUGGGUAUUGCAGGCGUAAGAAAGAACUCAUUUUGGUAUAUGAUCUUAUGGAAAAUGGCAGCCUUGACAAGUUCCUCUUCGACGAUUAUAAACCCACCCUUACUUGGUUUCAAAGGUUCCAAAUCAUCAAAGGGGUGGCAUCGGCUCUUCUUUAUCUCCAUGAAGAAUGGGAACAAGUUGUGCUCCAUAGAGACGUCAAAGCCAGCAACGUUCUCUUAGAUUCCAAUCUAAAUGGACGGCUCGGAGAUUUCGGUCUUGCCAGAUUGUACGACCGUGACGGCGAUCCACAAACGACUCGCCUCGUAGGAACACUAGGAUAUAUCGAUCCGGAACUCACCCGAAUGGGAAGGGCUACUAAAGCUGCCGAUGUGUUUGCUUUCGGGGCUUUUCUUCUUGAAGUUGCUUGUGGGAGGAAGCCAUUUGAACCAAAUGCACCACCCCAAGACAUUUUUCUAGUUGAUUUAGUCAAUAGGUGCUGGAAAAGAGAUGCCAUUGUUGAUGUUAUCGAUCCAAGAUUACAAGGCAAUUACGGGGUGGAGGAGAUUGAGAAGGUUCUGAAACUAGGCCUGCUUUGUUCCAACCCCAAACCAGAUUUGAGACCCACCAUUAAAGAAGCGGUGAGCUAUCUGGAAGGCACUGCCAGUUUGCCUGACAUACCACUUGACAAUGCCCAAAAUAAUCCAUCUUCUAUCCUUCAAACCUUACCAUUAUCUCCUCAGAGCACUGCUAUUAACAUAUCUUUAGCAAGUAACGUAGCCUCAGAUUGUAUAGUUUCUUUUUCUUCAUCAGUUGGGACGGGUCUUUCUGUGAAUUCCUUGUCGAGUACAGAUACAGUUCUUCAUAUAGGUCGAUGAUGAGUGCUUUAAUGGAAAUUUGUUCCUUCUGUUUUUUUUUCUUUUUUUAGGAUUAUAAAUAUUUUGAGAGACGAAAAUGGAAUUUUCCCUGUAUUAACUGAAAAUUUUAGUAACUGCUUGAAAAUGCAAAGAAACAUUAGAGAAAAUUUCCCUCUAA